AUGGACCGCCACCUGCAGUCGUUGUUGUGGAAGGAGAUCGCCAACAACAGAACCCCAAUAACUGUGCAUGCACUCCGCACGGAUGACCUGCCACCGGAUGCAGAGACGGAAGACUCAGAUGACCGUGAAUGCAAGCACCAGCGGAGUUAUCGAAACAGAGGGAAAAUGGUGCUAAAUGUUCCUGAGGCCGUCCGAUGGCAUUGUUUGAGGUUGGAUGCCCAUCCCGACAUUGCCGAGAACGAUCUGUCAAUGCGUUCGCUGCAGCUUGUAGCGCAGCGCCGUUGGAAAGGUUGCUCUGCUUCGUUGUUGUCGUCGGAGUUGAACGUUACAGCAGCCAAUCUGUUCUAUCCACUCGAGGGUUUGAGGCUGGCAGGUUUGUUGGUGGGAGUGUUGACGCUCCCAUCAAAAGCAACCUCGACAGACGCACAUCGCAACCUCUUUUACUUUUCGCGCUUUUUUGAUGCGGAUUCGGUGGAACAGAACGAGGUGCAGAUCUUGCUGAAAACAUCGGCAGCCGCUUUGCAGAACAAGAUCGUGGCCACCUUGAACUCCACAGAUUCGAAAGUCGCCUUUGAGGGCGGUUUGAGAACCGUGUUGGCGCAGGUCUUGGAAGAGUCGGCGUUGAAGCCGGACAUGACGCGGCGAGCAGCAGGUCGGAUAUACCAGCGCCUGCGGUCGGACCUUGUUGCAAGUGGGAGGGUGGAGUGUGUUCGUGCCUGGGAUGCUCGGAGCAAGAGCUUCAAAGAUGCCUUGUGUAUCCCAGGGCACGGCCCACUGCAGGCGCCUCAGCCAGUUUUGGCAAUUGAAGAUAUCCCGCCUGCCGCACAGAGCGACUCACAGGCAAAGAGCCAUGUGACAUCUAAGCAAACUGGAGGAGUCAUGCAUGCCCUUCCUGAAGGAUUGGUGCAAGCACAUGUGGUUGCGCCCCCGUUGCGCGGUGCUGAGAGGUCAGUUUACCAACAAACAGAGGAUUUAAUCCGUUGCUGCAGCAGAUUCGGUCGCGGCAUUGUGGGUCCAGAUGUAUCCAGUAUGCUGGGAACUCGGCGUAAGCAGGCGGAGCGUAUUCUGAACACGCUGGUGAAAAAGAAACGUGUCAUCCGAGUUUUCGAGAGCGAUGGAAAGGCACAUGUGAACCGAUAUUUCGACACGCCAGCAGCAUGCAGUGACGCAUGCAAUGUGCCACAAGCAAGCCCGAAACAUAAACUAAAGCUGCAAGAUGGACGCACCAGCAAGGUACUGAAGACUGGAUCAACCGGACGUGUUGAUGUUACGUUUGUGCGGCGUGUCCAGCGCACAAGCGAGUUGCUGGCAGAGGUUGGCAUGCUUACCCCGUGUGACCUGAAGAAAGCCGGUAUGCAAGAUGAUGUGCUUGGAUCUAUGGACGGCAAAACGCCCGCAAAGAUUCUGAAGGCGCUGGCAUCAACCGAGAAGAGAGUUGGCCUCGGCAUGAAUUCGACGGACCACAUAGAGUUUGCCUUCUGGAAGCCCUCUCACACAGAAAGGUCUGCACGACAGCUGGCUGCAGAGAACGCAGACUUUCGGCGUGAGAGCCGCUUCCAAAAGAUACGGCGCCCGGAGAACGAGCCGGUGCCAAAGGGUUCGAAGGCUUCCAGGGCCAAGGAGUCCAAGCCUUCCAAGCCUUCCAAGCCCCUGGCCUUGCUCGACCGGCCAUGGCCUUCUGCACUUCCACCUCCGUGUUUUCGGAGACUGCUUCCGGAAGCCAUCGUGGCCGAGCGAGUGACCCGGCCGGGGAAGAAAGAGGCUGUCUGCGACGUGCCCCGAACAUUGGACCAGAAGGUGUUGCAGCACUAUGGCUUCAACAGCUCUUUGGCCUCACGAAUUCAGUUGCUACAUGGGAUGCUGCAGCGGCAAGGUUUCGAGGCGACCUGCUGGACGCCGUCCAGGAUCGUUGAUGAGAUGGAUCUGCAUGUUUUCCUGCAGGUCGUCGGCUGCGGCGUGUACAACCCACAGCUUGACGAGCUUUUGGCAGCUGGCUCGAAUCCUCUCGUCAGCCAGGCGCCGCCAGGCAUCAGGAAGCAACUGUUAGGGCCGACCACCUGUGCGGGAGCAUCGAGGACGACACAAACCAUCCGCCGUGUGUUGGUAUAUCUUGUUAAGAUGAACCUCGUCACGAUGGUUGACGAGACGGCUGCGGGUUCCACUGAAAACGCGGUCCACUUGGUCUACCAGGUGAACCGCCAUGUGCACUUGGACACCUUCACGGCCGACCUUGUCGCAGACCCGCCGCGACGAGUCGCAAGCUUCGACCUUGCUGAGCCAGGUGCCGUGGAUGCGUAUUGGGAACGGCUCCAGCAGCUUGUGAAGCACUGGUGUGACAAAGCCUUGGGUGGGCCGAAAGGUGCGAAAGAUGAUGGAAGCUCCAGCCAGGAGGACAAGAGACCUCGUCGUGUCGUUCCCACCCCUGCGAACGCGACUCUUCCGGAGCUUUUUCGACGCAAGAACUGGAAGUGCUACCCUUGGCUUGCACCUCACCAGCGGUCCGCACUGAACCAGUUCUACAGCGACCUUUGCCUCAGCUCGCAAUCCGCAUCCAGGAGGCGAGACGGCUCGAACUCUUCAAUCAUGCAGGAAACCCGAAUCGUGACACCCAAGUCUGUCGAGGUGACGUCCCUUAGCCGUCGCAUCAUGGUGCCACCUGAGCGGAUCAUCAAGUUCUGCCGGCAGUUGGCCGACGUGGCUGGGCCGCAGGCCGCUGGAGGCAAAGUGGAGUUCUCAUCGUUGUAUGCCGUGCGGUUCAAGUGCCACAGGUGUGGACACCUCUGCUUCCAGAAGAGUACCAUCGCAGACCAUUAUCUCAAGGCUCAUGAGGAGCCAUUGCCUGAAGACGAGAGUGUCUACUGCGAGCCGGACUUUUAUGCACAGCGCCUGGAACAAGCAAAGCCUCCCAGACAUCCGGGCGUGAAGCGGUUGCGGAAAGUGUUGCCGAGCAAGUCCAGCAAGCUGAAGCUUGACAUGCGGGAGGUCCUGGAUGUCAAUGAAGCACCAGGGGAUGACAUGGAGGAUGCCCAUUGGAUGCAGCUGCUGGCCACGGCUGAGUCCCUGGUGGCCUUGGAGCAAAGCGCCCAAGGAUUGCCCAUGUCUCGCCCGGUGGGCCCGUCGCCUUCCAGCCCAGCGUCGACAUGGCCGAUGCUCGCCCGUCUUUCGGGUUGCCCGGAGGCCUUCUGCCAGAACCGCCUGCGGGAUCUUCUCGCCGAUGCGAAGAACCAGCGCUUGAUCAGCACCUUGCGAGCCGAGGAGGUCCAACAAGGCCAGCAAGUCCAACAGCAAGUCCAACAGGUCCACCAAACUGGUCAGAGGGGUCACUUCGGCGCUUUGGGCGCCGUGGGCCGCUCCAUCUCAAAGUGCUUACUCUUCUCGGCCUACGAGACAAGCAUGCCGUGGUGGAAGCCUGAUUUUUUGCCUGCUGACGUGCGGCGACUCCUGGAUUGCGUGGUGAGGCAGUGGCAGUGUGCUGGCUUGGUCUGCAAGUACAAAGCGCGCCACAGGGCGAAGAGGCUUCCGGACAAUGUCCGUCCAGUUUGGACGCUGACCUAUGCAAGCAAGAUCAAGCUUUUUGGCAGAAGCAGCGACUUCGCACGUUUGCAGGAGGCUCUUCUUGCACUUUCAGCAACAAGUCCCGAACCCUUGCGGAGCUUUGUGCCGGAGUCAUCGGAUGGGACCCACCUCCUAGUGCUUUCAGAUGCAAUCGCCUCAGAGCGUGCAACUCUUUGUGCGGUCUGGGGGGAUGCGGACUUCUAUAGUCAGGCUGUUGCGAAGAGGCCGCCCUGGCAGAGCCAUUGCGAAGAGGAGGAGGACGAAGAGGAGGAGGAGGAAGUUCAGGCCGCCAGCACCAGAGCAACAGGCAUCCAGUCCCAUCUGCAAUUGACGAGCGAUGAACCGACUCUCCAGUCAAUUCAGGUGGCUUUGGGAGCUCCUCGCUCCGUCUCCAGCUUCUUGAGGUGGCUGUUGGUGCCGGAGGAUGAGCUUACCAAGAUGCAGCCCUCCCCAAUAGAGCCUGUGGAUCCCCAGCGUUGUUAUUGCGAAGUCAAGGACGCAGGAGGCGAGGACAGGCAGGAGGAUUCCGAGGAGGAGGAGGACGAGCAGGAGGACGACAUUGGUGGGGAGGUGCCGUCCGCCCGCGCCAAUGAAGAGAAGGAGCCGGCUCCAGCGACUCCAGCGGCUACAGCGGCCAACCUGGCCCAGCAUCCCAAGGCAAACCUGGCCCUGGACGAUCCGAAUCCCGAGGUCUUAGAGAAGUCCUUCAAAGACUUUGCUGCAGCAUUCCUGGGCCCGCCGUCAAGUCCCGACACCGGGGAAACAGGUCUGGAAACAGGUCUGGACACAGGUCUCUGCCGCCGAGAGAGAGACCUCCUGGAGUCCGCAGCUUUUGUGUUGAAGGCUGUCCACGGCGCCUCCGCUCCCGGCCCUGAGGUUCGUGGGGAGGACUUCGUCAUCCCUGGGGCCAGCACAGCCCAGCUUAAGGCUGCGUAUGAAAACCACCGUCGAGGUGACCGAAGGCGACUGAAGCCGAAGCUCGCGCAGCCAGAGAGGGAGCUGUCGGUGAUACUCGCCUGCUUGGAGGAGUUGAGGCUCUUGGUUCCUUUUCCCUGUGGCCAGGAUUUUCGGGAGGUGAUGGCACACGUGGCCGGACCGUACUGCGUGUCAAUACAGGGGAGCUCCGAGGAGGCGUCUGAAGCAGCCAAGUUCUUCUGCAAGUUCGACCUGGGGAGGCAUUGGUUGUGGCCGUACUUGGAACACUCCCCUCUUCCCUGUCUCCGCCGAGCUGCGGCCUGUGUGCUGCAAGCCGCGGACAUCUCAGACGGGACGCUCUUGCAGAGAUGCUUCCUGCCUUCUCACUUGAUAGCUCCAUGUGCUUGGGUGCAUGCCCGGGGCACCUUGAACUUGCCAGUGCUACGCUGCUUGGUGUUGCGGCUCCUCCAGCAACUUAUGAAGACACCCUGUGCGUCCGUGCUGGAGCUGGCCAGGGAUUGCGGAGCCCAAGACCGUGGCCUUCUCGACGUCAGCGAAGUCACCUAUCUCCUGGAGCUGGCCGUGAGAGCCGACGUGGUGGAGAAGCGUGUUGGUGGCAAGCAGCCGCAAGGCAGCGGCGCGGCCCCCGUGCAGGAGCCCGACCGCUACCGCUGUGUUCUUCUUCGGCGAGGUGCCACCUGA